AUGAGCCUCGAGGGCACGCGGAUAUGUACGGUGGCUUUAUUACCCCUCCAGACGACUCGGGAGCUCAUUUCGGCGUGCUGGCAUAAAGACGGCUUCUCGACGGCCUGUGGUCAUGGUACUAUCGCUCUGGGAUAUUGGGCGGUAUCUAAGGGCCUUGUCGACGCUCCAGAUGAUGGGGUUGUGGAUGUUGUGGUUGAUGUCCCAUCGGGCCGCGUAGUUGCGUCGGUCACUGUGAGGCAUGGGAAGUCAGUACACGCCGACUUUGUCAACGUCUCUACUGAUCAGAUAGCGAAAGGGCUAUCUGUCGCAAUACCUUCUCGCGAUUCCGGUAUUUGUGUUGACCUAGCUUUUGCCGGCGCUGUGAUAGCCUCGGUAAAUGCCGCUCAGCUAGGUCUUGAGGUCAAGCCAAGCAAUGCAAACGAAUUCAUCAGACUUCAGCGAGAGAUCAAAUCAUCUCUUGGUGAUAGAGCAAAGUACAGGACCAACGAGUUAUACGCAAUGCUCUUUUUCGAGGAGAAAGAAAACCGCCAAGAAGACCAGGGGUUGAUCAUCCAGAGAAGCGUUAACGUCUACGGCGACGGACAGAUCGACCGAUCUCCUUGUGGUUCUGGAACUUGCGGAAGGAUGGCGAUCCUACUUGCAGAAGGUCGGCUCCGAGAAGGCUCGAAACUCUUACACCAGUCUAUCAUCGGGUCGACCUUUGAGGCCGAGAUAGUAUCUAAGGGUCAGAGUCCGGUCCAGGGUUUUCCUGCCUGCGUUGUGCGUGUGAGGGGCCAGGCGCAUCUUGUUGCGCAAACGCAGUUUUUUAUCAACGCGGAAGAUCCACUGUCUCCAGGCUUUGUCUUGCGUUAG